GGCGCGGCGCGCGUGUCCCGGGGGCUUCUGGGUACUGGAUUACCCCCGCCCCCCCACGCCGGCGCCUUCCUUUCCGUCCCUGACGCCGCCGAGGUCGCACGCGUGAGGCUUCUCCCCGCCAAGAUGCGCUACGUCGCCUCCUACCUGCUGGCCGCCCUCGGGGGCAACGCAUCCCCCAGCGCCAAGGACAUCAAGAAGAUCCUGGACAGCGUGGGCAUCGAGGCGGAUGACGACCGGCUCAACAAGGUCAUCAGUGAGCUGAACGGGAAAAACCUCGAAGACGUCAUCGCCCAGGGGAUUGGCAAGCUGGCCAGUGUUCCUGCUGGUGGGGCGGGAGCGGUCUCUGCCGCCCCAGGAUCUGCUGCUCCGGCUGCUGGCACCGCCCCUGCCGCAGCUGAGGAAAAGAAAGACGAGAAGAAGGAGGAGUCGGAGGAGUCAGAUGACGACAUGGGGUUCGGCUUGUUCGAUUAGGUUCCUGUUCACCCUCAUCCGCUGGCAAAUAAAACCCUUUUUAUGUAUCCGUG